AUGACGCAGCAGAGAGUCCGGGUGUCCACCGAGAGUCCCAGCUACGCCGUCUGUGUGGUGGGCACAGAGGUCUCUAUAGACAUCUAUGGAUCCAUCCCAAGUGGUGCCACGUCAUUUGAUGCCCGUGGCACCUCUGGAGUGAGGGUCUAUGUUGUCUACAACCCUAGUGCUGUGAAGAAACCUGCUGGUGCAUCGAGAUGGACCCUCAAUUCUCAGGUGGAGGUCAUAGUAUCCAUGGACAUCCCAAGCAGUACUGUCAAUGAUAGCAAGGUUAGGAUUUCGUACUAUGGACAGAAAGAGAAUGCACCUAUAGAGGGGGCUUGGUUGUACCUCACCUGUGUCAAAGUCUCUCUAGAUGCCGACACAGACCGCAGCGGGAUGGUGAAGAGCAAUGGAACCAACAAGACGAAAUGGAUGUGGGGCCCUGACGGGCAGGGAGCCGUGCUACUAGUGAACUGCGACAGGGACAGUCCGGGCUCCAAGCAUAUGGACACGGCUAAUGCCGAUCUCUUCUCUUUCCAAGAUCUUCAAGACAUGUCACUUAUGAUCCUGAGGAUCCAAGGACCCAGUGCCAUCUUUGCUGACUACAAGUUGGUUCUUCAUGUUUCUGUGUCCGAUGUGGAUAAAGUGAGAGUUUUCCAUGCCAAUGGCAGCGGCUCACUCGCCCAGUACGAGCAUGUGCUGGGGUCGGAUAAACUCUCCUACGUAGUGGAUCGUCCCAGUGGACAAGAAGAGGAAACCUUCUAUGUCGAGGGAUUAGCCUUCCCGGACGCUGACUUCUCAGGGCUGGUUUCCUUCAGCGUCACCCUGCUAGAGGUCUCCGAUAAGAACGCGCCAGACACCCCGGUUUUCACAGACACCGUGGUCUUCCGGGUGGCCCCAUGGAUAAUGACGCCCAACACCCUGCAGCCUUUGGAGGUUUUUGUCUGCAGCAUGGAAAGAGACUCAAACCCUAAUGGGGACUUUUUGGAGGCUCUGAGAGCCCUGGUGAGGAAAGCCAACUGCAAGCUGACCGUCUGCCCUGAGGUCGAAAACCGACAUGAUCGCUGGAUCCAGGACGAGAUGGAGUUUGGCUACGUGGAGGCUCCCCACAAGAUGUUCCCCGUGGUCUUCGACUCCCCCCGGGACAGAGGCCUGAAGGAUUUUGCUUUUAAAAGGAUUCUGGGCCCUGAUUUUGGCUACGUGACCCGAGUACCUCCUUACGGACACGUCUCCAGCCUCGACUCCUUUGGAAAUCUGGAUGUCAGCCCUCCGGUGACGGUCCAAGGGAAGACGUACCCGCUGGGAAGGAUCCUCAUUGGAAGCAGCUUGCCCAGGUCGGGCGGCCGGAGGAUGACAAGGGCCGUCAGGGACUUUCUCUAUGCCCAGAAGGUGCAGCGCCCCGUGGAGCUCUACUCUGACUGGCUGAGUGUGGGUCACGUCGAUGAAUUCCUGAGCUUUGUCCCGGCCCCCGAUAGGAAGGGUUUCCGGCUGCUCUUGGCCAGCCCCAAUGCCUGCUACAAGCUGUUCAAGGAGAAACAAAGAGAGGGGAACGGCAACGCGGUCCAGUUUGCUGGGCUCGAUAAUGUGAAGACCAUAACAAUAGACGAGAUGCUGGCUGAUAAGACCCUGAGGAGUGACAGUGAAUACGUGCAGAGCUGCAUUGACUGGAAUCGACAUGCCCUCAAGGAGGAGCUGGGACUGACUGAGCAAGACAUCAUUGACAUCCCUCAGCUGUUCGUGUUGAACAGUUCUCGAGCGGACGCUUUCUUCCCAGACAUGGUGAACAUGAUCGUCUUGGGGAAACACCUGGGCAUCCCGAAGCCGUUUGGGCCAAUCGUCGAUGGACGGUGCUGCCUGGAGGAGAACGUUCGCUCCCUGCUGGAGCCACUGGGCCUGACCUGCACCUUCAUCAAUGACUUUUUCUCCUACCACACCCUCUUCGGGGAGAUCCAUUGCGGCACCAACGUCCGCAGGAAACCCUUCUCCUUCAAGUGGUGGAACAUGAUCCCCUGAGCAGAGGAGGUGAAGCCCCAACCCGCUGCUCAGCACUAA